UUCAGAAAUUACACUUUCACACCCCUCGCAUCGGAGCUCCUGCAAAAUGACUUCCGGAAUGGAAAAUCUUCCCCAAAUAUGUGUAGAUACUACUGAUGCGUUUAUGACGACGGAAAGAUUUGGUACACGAGAAGAGGUUAUCAGAUGGAUUAAAGAGGUUGGAAUCAACAAUAAAGUAACUGUUAUUAUCAGUCGUUCAGAUACUGAAACGGGGAAGAGAGGGAGAAGUAACAAAAUAAUAUUUGGUUGUGAUAAAGGUGGGAAACACAAGAUUAGUGAUAGUGGUAUCCAAAGUGCGUCGAAGAAAUGUGGAUGUCCAUUUAAAAUCAGGUCGACUCCGGCGAAAGAUGGAUCUGGUUGGAAGAUUGAUGUAAAAUGUGGGUUACAUAAUCAUGGUUUACCGGAUAGAUUAGAAUGUCAUUCGUUUAUUGCGAUUGUAUCAACUUGA